UAAAAUUUCCAAACAUUAAAACUUGAGAUACUUUGACAUAUCGUCAGUCGGAAGAGGAGAAGAAGAGUUUGGAGAAAGGAUCGGAAAAAAUAAAGGAGAUGUCUUUGGUUGAUUAUGCAUCAUCUGACGAAGAAGAAGAGCUUCACGAACAACCCCAAGAAAACAAACAAUUCAGCAAAGCGGAAGAGCCCACCCAUCGACCCCCUUUGGAUCCAUUACCAACCACAAACGACAAUCGCCAUCUUCCUCAGCCUCAAAACCAGAGGACUAGUUCAUCAUUGAAUAAAGAAGCAUUACACUUGUCAAAUUUAUCGGAGUCCUCUAAACUGAAACUCCCUGAUGCAUCACUUCUAUUAAAUUCACCUACAAUGCCAGGCCAUCUUGGACACAAUACUGACCAUUCUUCCCGAGUUGCUGCAGCCAUGGCUGAAAAUGCAACAAGGAAGCGGGAUGUAAAUGUAUCAGCAUCCACUUAUCCACGCAGUAAGAUUCCUAAAGGAACUUUGCCUAACAUGAAGAAUGUCCCUGAAACAGGUGGUGGUCUUUUGCUCCCACCUCAACUUACCGGAAGAUGCUUUAACGAAAUUGUGCAGGAGCAAUAUUGUUACAGAAGACAUCAGCAAGCUAUUUCGGAAGAAGACCUCGUCUUAGUUGCACACAGAGUAAGAGAAUGAAGUCACUGUUGACCUAACUGUAGUUUAAUUUCAGUGGAUUCUGUAUCAGAUUCUAGUAGAAAUUGACAGAAAUGUUGUAAGAUAUUUGGUUAUGUUGAUACUAGGAUGGCUAUCAGCCGUUCUGGUUGUGUUUGAAGUGAUGGACUACUUUUUGUACAGAAUUUCUGCAACCAUAGUGUGUUGAUUGGUUCUCGAAAUAUGUACUUGCAAGACAUCAUCUGAGAGAGUGAAGAAUUAUAUUGAAUUGAAUAACCCUGUUUACAGCUGCA